CAGUUAUUUAGUGGUGAUUCGGCAUCAUCCCCUUAUCGAUCAUACUCGCCCGUCUUCUCUCGAGUCCUUAAACGCCAAAAGACGACUGUCUGCAUCCUCUCUAUUUCGCUUAUCGCUUCGUCGCAUCGUACCCGCCACCCGAGCAACCUCCCCCCUAAGUUAAUCCCAACGUUCGCAACUCUACUACCCAUCAAUUAUGGCCGCCAUCUGGGGUAACGGCGGGCAGGCUGGCCAGUUCCCGCUGGAGCAAUGGUUCUAUGAAAUGCCCCCUGUAACUCGAUGGUGGACAGCAGCCACCGUUGCCACUUCAGUCUUGGUUCAAUGUCACGUCCUCACCCCAUUCCAGCUGUUUUAUAGCUUCCGCGCAGUUUAUGUUAAGUCUCAGUAUUGGCGUCUGUUCACAACCUUCCUAUACUUCGGACCACUCAAUCUCGACUUACUAUUUCAUGUGUUCUUCUUGCAGCGAUACUCGCGCCUCUUGGAGGAAUCAUCGGGGCGAUCGCCGGCCCACUUCUCGUGGCUUCUGUUCUACGCCAUGGCCUCUCUCCUCGUCCUCUCGCCAUUUCUCUCCCUUCCAUUCCUGGGCACGGCUCUCUCUUCCAGUCUGGUCUACAUCUGGAGUCGUCGCAACCCGGAAACUCGCCUCAGCUUCCUAGGAAUGCUGGUCUUCACCGCCCCCUAUCUCCCCUGGGUUCUGAUGGCAUUCAGCCUGGUCGUCCAUGGCAUCGUGCCCAAGGAUGAAAUCUGCGGCGUUGUCGUCGGCCACGUCUGGUACUUCUUCAACGAUGUUUACCCUUCGCUUCACGGUGGUCACCGUCCUUUCGAUCCUCCUAUGUGGUGGGUGCGUCUGUUUGAGUCAGGGCCCGGGGAACGAGGCACCGACGCUGCCAACGUCAACGGGGAAUUCGCCGCUGCUGCUGCACCCGAAGUUCGGUGAGCUAUUUGUGCACCCCACUGGGGCAUUUACUGCAUGGCGAUGCAAAGAAUCGUCCGCGUAAUCGCUCUGGAAACGUCAGCAUAUACGUGUGUACUGCCAACUACUCGCGCCGACACGCGCGAAGCAUGAGAAGUUAAUACUGUCAGGAUAUAAGCAAGGAUCACGGCGGCAGACUUGAUAGGAUUUCUUAUCGUGUGGCUUGUUUGGUCCAGGGAGAGUCAUUUGAUCUGGCCCCACGCCGCCGUGGCUGAUUGCGCUCUGGCCUCCUAUCAGAAAUGCCGCAAGGAUAAGACCGUCAGAGUCCCCGAGUAUCAAUAUCCGAGAGGCAGAGCAAUCAACUUAUUUCGCCAACCAGUGGAAGGAGUUGGGAUCACUUGUGGGGAAGAUGUGCAAGAAAGGAAGAGAGGAGUAUCAUCAAGGCCAUAGCGGGCGCUCUGUCUGCGGGAGUUAGUAACAGGCGUGUCUGUAAGAGAGACAGACUAUCAUGGCGAUCAAUCAGCUAGUAGUUCAAUGAAUAUACCCAAGUCAUGUUUUUAGCUGAUAAUUUACAUUGUGCGAGAGGGGAGAAGGGGGCCGUGAACGCAUGGACGCAUGAGGCUGCUCUCCCAUAUGCAGUAGGAAUAUCGUAGCAUCCCA